GCUCUAUACGCGAGGGCUGACUCGACGCGCCCCGACUGUCUCGCCAGUGAGUCGGGCUUGUGCUUUUCAUCAAACAGGACGUACCUCCUUUUUUAAGCUCUUGCCAGCAUUCGUCGUACACAUUACAUAUAUAUAUAGUUUAGCGCAUAGAACAUCAGCAGCAGUAGCAGCAGUGUGUGCCCAGCGAGUGGAUCCUGCCUCUCCCACGCAUGCACUCUCCCACAAGAGUCUUGCGUUUUUUUAAGUGUGUUUUUUCAUUUGCAUCGGUUUUUUUCAUUUCGUUGUUUACUUUGCUUACUUAAUUACGCUCGACGCCGAGUUAGCAACGCUUGGUGAAAUCAAGGUUAUUUAAACAAAAGACGGCUCAACCAAAACCUAUAGUCGCUAACAAGCGCGAUUCAGUUUAACUAAACAAUUUGUAGUACGAUCGAACGUGCGGAGCACGAUCGACCACAUGUUGGCCGACAUUAACGGUAAUCUGGAUAUGAGAAACGAUUCAACCAUGAAUCAAAGGUUCUGUCUGCGCUGGAACAACCACCAGAACAACAUGCUGUCGGUCUUCGAUCAGCUGUUGCACGACGAGUCCUUCGUCGAUGUGACGUUAGGGGUUGAAGGACAAUUUCUGAAAGCACACAAAAUGGUGCUUUCGGCCUGCAGUCCUUACUUCCAGUCUUUGUUCGUAGAACACCCAGACAAACAUCCAAUUGUUAUCCUCAAGGAUGUUCCUUUCUCCGACAUGCGAAGUCUUCUGGACUUCAUGUACAGAGGUGAAGUCAGCGUAGACCAAGAACGCUUGACCGAAUUCUUGCGAGUAGCUGAAUCUCUGAGAAUCAAAGGUCUGAGCGAAGUGCAAGACGAAACUGCAGCAGCUGCAUUUGAAUCAUCUCACUUAACUUCUGCCCAUCACAGUCACACAAAUAGUCCAAAUACUGUACCACCACCACCUUCUCUACAUCGUAUCAAUAAUCUUAGUCGUACUCAAUUAAAAAACAAAUAUCAACACAUUGCCACGCAUCCACUUCUUGGAUCUGCACUCACUGCACCAAAACGCAAGAGAGGUAGGCCACGCAAGCUCAGUGGCUCAUCAGAUCACGAGCCAUCGUUAAACGAAUCCGGUAUUGAUCUCGUCCAGGGUUCCCCUGAAAUGAUGGAAAUGAGAAUGGGACUCGAUCUUCACAGUGAAAUGGGUCACAACAGCGGAGCUUCGUCGAAUGGUAGUAAUCACAAAAAAGAAGAAAUAAUUGGCAAUGGAGGUGAGGGACCUGAACUUAAUAUGAGGAUUAAGGGUGAAGUAGACCCUCUUCCGAGUACGUCUGCCGACAAAGAAGACUCAUUCACAAGACCGCAGAGCAGACAAGGCAGCGAAAGCUUCAAACAAGAUGGCGAAGAUAACUCGAGGUCCAGCGAUAAUCAGUCACCGGGCGAUCGAAGCAACAGCUCCAUAAACCAGCAGAUGCGCAUGAACUUUGAGAAAUGCCUGCGCAGAGAUUACAAUUCAGUGCAAGGAUCGCGACAUCAUCCCUACCAAGACGAAGAAAUGCAUCUCGCUGACCGAAUCCCAGGCUCGCCGGUCACGUCUCAUCGACGCACGCCCCUGAAACACGAGUCGAUGUACGGAUCGGCAAACAUAAUGGACAACGAAAUGAGCCAUUCAGGUGAUCUCGAUAACUCUCUGAAUCAGUCGUGUCCCAGCCUGAUGAAAGGCAACGUGUCGGGCGUGAACGCGAGCCCCGCGUCGACGACCAGUGGCACCUCGACUGCUGCCACAGCCGCCAACAACAACACCGACGAGCGAGCCUCCGAGGGUGGCUCCGUGCGCGACUACUGCGUGAAAGAGGGCGAGGUCUACCGGUGCAUCGUGUGCAAUCGCACCUACACCCAUAUUAGUAACUUCUGCCGGCAUUAUGUGACCUCGCACAAGCCCAACGUCAAGUACUUCUCUUGUCCCGUCUGCUUUAAAGAGUUCACGCGCAAGGACAAUAUGGUCGCCCACGUGAAGAUCAUUCACAGCAUGAAGCCCCCAAAUGCCAUUUCAGGACAAUCUGCUGUUACUUCAGGCGCUAUUAAUUUGCAACAGCAGCGGUAGAUCUCUCGGUUGUUUUCCUGGUUAAUGGGAAACGCAAAUACUUAAGCGAGCCUGGAGAAAGAGUUUUAAAUUGUAAAAUAAACAAACAGUUACGAUCAGUGCCAAGGCUUGAAUUAACAUAUUUUAGAGGCAAAACAAAGAAAUGCACUUUUUUUAACUUUUGAUCAUCUCUCGGUUCAAUCUCUCCGAACACACAUACACACAGAGAGAAUCGUUUGUUAAAUUUUAUCGUAGUAAGUUAGACAAUUAGUUUUAAUCUAUAAAAAAGGAAGUCAAAAUGUAUAACACUCGUGGAAAAAUUAAAACGAUUAACCAAAGAUGAGCCAAGAUUUUGAAAAGGUCGUUUAUAAUAGUAGCCUAGAAUUUUCGCGGAAUGACUAGCUAUGCCCUGAAGCAAAGCAUACGAUGUUUAAGUGUUAAGGCGUAGAAUAAUAUACAUAUUUGUAGACAAUAUUAGGAGGGUUGAUGCUUUAAAAAAGGAAAACAAAAAACAAUGUUUGUGUGUGGUUUUUGCGGUCCAAUUAAUUGCAUUGAUAUAUGAAAAGAAAAGGAGAGUAAUAAAUUCAGGACGGCGUUUUUCAAAGACCAACAAUCCCGUUUUGUAUAUAAAGUCGAUUGCUCUGCACUGAUCAGCGGCUGUUGCAAUGGUCUUUUUUUUGUCUUAUUCAUAAUGCAAUAUUAUACUGAGCGUAUAUAAGUCUACUGUAUUUAUUAAGUCAUUUGCAUAUAUUAUAGUUUAUAGAGUUUAUAUAAGAUUAUGAUCGUUGAUGUUUUAAGAAUUUUAUCAUUUUACCCUUUAACAUUGCAUCUAGUUAUCUAUGAAUAUCUAGAUCAAUGACAUAUCAUAUCAAUACGAAAAUCGCGCUUAUUUAUAUUUAUAUGAUAUGGAAGGAUAUUUGUGUUUAAGAACUUGAAUUUAUUGAAAAAAUAACUGCGCGAAUAUUAUUGCAAUGCCAAAAUAAAAAGUAAACGCUUGCGUUUGAAUUGGACAGACCUCGCGAUACGAUUGUAGAAAAUAUAUUAAUAUAGAAGAAUGGCAGAGUCAAUAUGAAUAUAUAAAGCUUUGAAUAAUCUUUGGAGAACGUCGAUCCCACGAGACUAGCUUAAAAAAAGUUAACUUAUUGAAAAAUCCAAUCGAAAUGUGUUGAAAAAUAAUCAUCUAGUUUUCACUCCAAAUAAAUCGAGGAUUUUAGUAUGAAUGCUUGUUCGUACGUCAGUGAUGAAUAAAUGAAAUUUAUUUAUUAAAAAGUAUAUAUAUGUAAAAUAUAUAUAUCAUAUAAUAGAGCUUAGAAAAAUCGUCAAUUAGUGUCAUGUCAAAAAUAGUGUACGUCAUAUAUCUAUAAAAAGGAUAUAGAUUAUAUGUACUGUUUAUCAUCAGAGCCGGGAUUGAAAGCAUUGUUUCCGCUUUCUGCUCGGUAUCAAAAAAAUCUUUUAUUCAAAAGGUCAAAAAACAAACAGAAGAAACAUUUUUAACGUAAAAAAUGAUAAAACGGAAAGCAAUGGCAAACUAUACAAAUACAAAUCAAAGCGAAAUUAUGAAAGUCGUAAACAAUAAUAAUUAUUCAAAUGAAGAUUUUAAAAAAAAUGAGCGAUAUACACAGAUUUUUGACGCGAGCGCGUAUCAUCAAUCUUAAAGUGCCCUUAAAAUCCAGCAAAGCCAUUGAAUAGGUGAUAUGAUUCUUUCUUCAACUCCCUGUGAUUCUAGUCGUUGCUCAUCGGAAUGUUAUUACGUUUCCGGACUAUAGCAAAGGAGAAAGUUUAUUAAAAUUAACGUUAAAAACUCAAUACAAAGAGUACCAAAGGAUUUGGCUAUUCAUCACUAGCUCGCAUCAAAUAUUUCGUGUACAUCGAUGUUGGAACGAGUGCCAAAUAUCAGAUUUAUUGAAUGUCAACACGACAAUGGAAAAGACGCUUAUUUUAUAAAUAUCGCGUGCAACCAAGCUCAUAAUGAACUAAUUUCUCGUGAUACGGAAGUGAAACCUUUGAAAUGUGCACAUCUUUUAGUCAAUAAGUAAUUAUAAAAACUGAAACAAGUAAAAGACUUUUUAUGCGAAAAUUCGUUGCCAUAUUAUUGUGAUUAGUCAACAAUGUUAAAGAAAUUAUAAUAAUCUUGAAUUUAUUAUGUAUAUCGCGUGUUAAUGUUUGAUUUUUUUAUUAAUUAUAACACAAUGAAAUUUAAAAAAAAGGAAUGUAUUGAAAUUCUCAAGUUGAUAUAAUAAUCAAACUUUGAAAAUUUGGAAACAUCAAAAUAAAAAUAAUCCUAAAUACUUGUUAUACUAUAAAAUUUUUUUGUUAUAAUCUUAAUUUUAUCAAACAGCAAUUGUUUUAAUGAAGAUAUUGUCUGUUACCAAAUUAGUGUAAUCAUCACUACUCCAAAGACAUUAGGUACAAAAAAUGCAAAAAUUAUGAAAACAUUUGAAUUUUAUGAAAUGCGAAAAAUGGGCAUUGAGUUCACGUGAGAAAAUCAAAUUUUAUGUAAGAAUUUUUCGCCCAAGAUGUUAUGAAGAAAAAAUCGAAUGAUUGUAUAAACAAAAGACGUUUCAUUCAAAUUGUAAACUAUGCCAACUUUGUUCAUCGUCCUUCCGAGUGAGAUAUAAUUUCACUAUCCCAUGUGGUUUGCUCGAUUGUACGUGAACAUUGUGAUUCUGUUGAUUAUUAUUAACCAAGUGCAAUUCAUACGAUAAUCAUUUUGAAAAAAAGUGAAUGAUUAGAGUUUAGAACCGAGUAGGCGACACAAUUUUCACAAAUCAUAAAUCUAAAUAAAUAUAUUUACAAAAAAUAAAGUGAUUGAAUAAGUAUAAAACGCGAAUAAUUAUUCUUCGCGGAAACGUAAUCAAAAUUUUAAAAAUUCAGGUAAUGAUAAAAAUAUUCGUUUAACAUAAUUUAUUAAAGCAAUCACCGGAGACUGAAAAAUUCUAAUAUCCUCUCUUAUAAUAAUUAAAUAAAAAUACAACAUGUACAAACUUUGUACCGACUUUCGCCUACACAAAAAUUGCGCGUUGUUUAAUGAAAUAUAUAAAGGUAAUCUUUUUUUAAUAAUACCAAAAAAAAUAAACACUUGGGUGAAAUUAAUCAUUAGAUGUUAAAAUUAUUCUAAUGAAAACUGGAUAUAUGAGGCAGAAACACUUUCAAAGUACACUAAAACUGUACUAGUUAUAUGAAGUUGACCAUACGUCGCGUCGUUAUAUGCGAUUAAAAUUUUCUUUUAAUAUCAAAUCCGUGUUCUUAUACGUUUGUUGUAAUUAACAAAGACUGCAGAGAGGACGGUUUACACGUAAUACGUAAUUAAUAAAAUAUCUAUAUAACGACACCAAAUAUACAAGAUAGUACUGACAUUGGAUAGACUGAAGGCACUUCUUUUUAGUAGAAUAAAACUUAAUAAAAGUAAAAAAAUUUAUGAGAUAAAAUAAGCGUAUCAUAACGCGAAAAAGCCUUCACCCGUAUGGAGAUCUCUCGUUUUUAUAUUUACAAUAGAGCUAUAUUAUAUAUCGUACUUUUUGCGGAUAUUUGACUUUGAAGGCUACACGGAGAAAACAGGGUUUGACGUGCGUACAUAUAUUUAUAUAUAUUUAACAAAGUAGUUAGACGAAAUCUUAGAGAUCGUUAGAUAUUUUUACAAAAGCAUUUCUUCUAUUUACAAAUGACAAAGUAAAUAUAUAUGAAGUAGGUACAAAGUGAAUAAAAAAAUUUGCACGAAGCACAUUUAUGUCUGUAAAAUGAUUGCCUCUUCAAGGUCGAGCCGCGUCAUCAAACAAAAAAAGUACGAAUUUCAAUAAUUUUUUCAAAGUACGGAAUAAAAUGUGUUAGAUUCGAAUUAACUGAUUUUAUAUGACGGGUUUCAAUACGGUCGAAGGCUCUGGUGUGUGUAUAUAAAUAAUCAUUCAUGAACAAUUAAAAUAGAUAUUUAGAGAAGCCAGUUGCACUAAAUAAAAUAUUUAUCAUAGAAGAAAUAAUAAAAAAACAAUCGUACGAUCGUUGCUAGUUAUCAUAUAAAUAUACAUACUGCACGUGAACUCACUUCUCUGUCAAUGUGUAUAUUAAUCAUUCUCGUCGGGGAUAUUUUUUGUUUUUUAUUUUAUAACAUAGUAAUUAUAAUUUUUUGUUCGUGGAUUCGCCAUUGCAAAGAAAUACACAGUCAAAACCCCUUGCAUAUACAUAUUUAUGUACAUUCGAGGAAACAAUUAUCAGCAUUAUACACACACUGAUAUAAUAAAGGCCAGUACGAUUAUCGCCUCAUUAUAAGAAAUGAAUCGCUGUUCUAACUUACGAAAACAAAAUGGCAUCUAUGAGCUAAUCAUUUUUUGUUUAUUUAUAUCUAUUCACAGAAUGGGCAGCGGCUAGACAGCUUAUAGUCCUCUUAUGUUUUUCUUAUAUUUUGUAAUAGAUAAUAAAGUAUAAAGUACCAUUAAAAAUAAUUAAUAACACAUUUGAUAAUCACCGAGAGCUUAAGACUAACUCUUACAGACGAUGAUAUAUAGUUAAAAGGGCGUUUAAAGAAUUUUUUUACUCUGAUUAAAUAAAAUAUUAAGUGAGUCGCAAGCGUGUCAGGAUUGUUUUAUCUCAAAGUGUAAUGCUUGAUGCUCUGAACGAACUAAGUUGUUCUUUUUUCGAAAAAAAUUCGAAUUAAACUUUAUGUCAGAUCAUAACGAACUGAAAGAUUAUUUAAUUGUUGCAUAGGUUUUAAUGAGACUAUUUUAUAAAGAUUUAACGUAAUAUUUUAUUGGAAUCAGAUAUUACGUUAAGCUCUAAAUUGAAAAUUGAUAAAAAAUGAAAACAUACAUAAGCUUUAAGAAACCAUGUGCCUUUUCUAUGCUAGUGACAUUUUUUAUUAUUAGUUUUCAAUUUUGUAAAUGUAUUCUAUAAGUAAAACUACGUAUUGGAUAAGUUGUGUUUGAAAAUAAUCACACGAAUUUAAUUAUUUAAAUGAUUAUAGUAAUUGUUAUCAUUU